AUUUGGGCUACCUCUGGAUAAGAAGAAGUCAGGAAGAAAUCUACAAGCAUCGUGUCUGCUAGCCCUAUCUCUCCCAUGGGCGGCCAUAUUGGACGGCCAUGAUGCUUGUCGGCAUUUUUGCUUGAUUUCUUCUUAUCCAGAGGUAGCCCAAAUCGUCUAUUAAGUUUACCAUGAUUUUGUGAACCCUGUCGUCUGUAUGUGUGUGAGGCGUAUUCAAGAUACGCGUUCUGUGACUAUAAGUGAGGCGCACUGCCGUUACUGAUCAAAAUCUAAUCGUGGUUUCAUCGCAAUAACUCAGAGCAUAGCGUGCUGCCGCCUGCAAGAUCUUCCAAGCAGCCGGGUGUGCAAUUUAGUAUGCAGUCAUGCAAUCUGACCAAGCUCCAUGCAAUGCCACGGGCCGUGUUGAGUUUCCAGCUUCUAUCACAAGCUGCCUCAGAGAUCAGCGCGAUGAGGCGUCUCCUUUGUUAGGAGGAAUUUUCGCAGAUUCAAAGUUGGCGUGGCUGAGCAAAGGGCCCCUUCUUGAAAUUGUUAACAUAGCAGAUGGAGCUAAAAUUGCUGCUUGGAAUUUUGGUGCUGUUGUGAGAGAUUUUAAGACGAAGGUAACAUGUGUCACAGAGCUACCACACCUGUCAGCCUCUGGGACGCCUGGGCAGGUGGGCCAGGUUUUGGUGGGGCUAGAAUGCGAAUUGACAGGUGGCAUGGUUUGUCUUUUCAAUCUUGCUGGCUCUCGUGUUCUUCGAGCUAUCAAUACACCUUCCAAAGUCACUGCACUCAAUAUCGUAGGCCUUGGUGGAGAGCCUGUCGUAGCAUACAAUGAAUGUCUUAAAAGUAUGUCAGGUAUUGCUGCCAUCGGUACCAAUGAUGGUCAGAUUCUUCUAAUUGAUUUGCGAAGAAAUGAAUGUGAUGAAGCUCUCUGUCUUGGUCCAUCUAAUAAUUGGGAAAGCAUUAGGGAUGAACUGCGGUCUUGUGGUUUGAUCCCACUGAAAAUGAUGAAUAGAAAUCUAAUGGAAGAGUACCCGGACGAUCAUGUUUUCAUUCAUUUAAAUGAGAAGUAUUUCUUGAAGCACCAGAGGCUGUUUGUCCAGCUACCAGCAAGAGAUGGGAGUGGUUUUUUACCUGAAAAUCCAUCAGUCACAUCUUUACUCUAUGUGCCACAACUCGCUAGUUUGUGUAUAGGAUUUGCUUUUGGAUCAUUUCAAAUAUGGUCCUUACAGUCAUUAUCGCUGGUCUAUGUUUUACCAUUCAAUGAACCAAAUCCCGUUGUGCAACUUGCAUUCCAAGAAGCUUGUGAUGACCCUAAUGCUUAUUGCUACCUUUGGACUGUCAGAGGAGGCCUAGACCCUAAAGCUGCUAAUGAUCUAGACUAUCCUGUCCAAGUUUUUGGUCCUCCAGCAGCAACAAUGUUUUCACUGUGUUAUGAUGAAAAGGUGUGGCAUGCCAACUAUGGUCACCUUUAUAAAAACUUUAUGAUGUGUUCCACGGGCUUUGAAUAUGACUUGAGUGGGGGAAAAGAAACUGUUGGGGGGCGCCUCAUUUCUCUCAAUUCUGUUAGCCGUGGCAUGCAGGGAUCUAAUAUCGUCCAGACUCCUUCUGAUGAUGGCAGUGCUCUAGGUCCACCUUCUAAUGGAAUAAGUCUGUGUUUAAUGGUCUGGGAAACUUGGGGACCUUCUGGCCCCUCUAGCUCAGUCAAUCCUGUCAAUACACACAUGACACUAUUUGAUAUAAAUCAAUGGUAUGUGGACCAAAUGCCAUCUCACUUAUCCCAACGUGGGGGUACAUCGAGAAACAAGCCAAUCGCAAGUUAUGUUGUUUCCUAUGACAUUGGUAAAUUAAUAAACUCUAGUGGCGGAGCACUUCUUGAUGUACGAGUGAAUCCUUCCUCUAUGAUACAAUUUUCAUCAGUCCAAAAUGUUGAGGAAUUUUCAAGACCAUCUUCUCUUACAUUUGUCUCUGAAGUCUUGAUGGAAAGACAAGUUGUGCACUUGAAACACCCAGGAGUACAGCAAGCAAUGUUGGCUGACCUUGUGUCUACUGGGCCUGGUGCUUUAAUGACCCCAACUAAUAUUUUCCAUGAAUGUCUGGUCCUUGGUUUGCGUCCUCUUCUAAUGGAUGUAUCAAGUUCUAUGAAUGUACCAAUUGAUGAGCAACGUACGUUUGUGUUAUGUGUGGCUUUGGAACAACGAUUAGGGAGAUUCGUCUGUCGCUGUGCACGUGAGUGGGCUGAUGGGCGCCUCUCAGCUGCUGGCUGCACUCUCGGUUGGCUGCUGUCUGUGGCCUGGAACCGUGCCGCUGUUCUGAAGCAAAUGGCUAUACGCAUUUGUGCUCAAUUGUUUGAUCAUUCAGGAGAGAAACUUGACAACAUUGCUCAAAAACAGUUGCAUCAUAUUGUGGGGAUUUUCCACCUCCUUGAAACACUCUUUGAGAGUGUUGUUCAAAACAAGUGGCACUUGGCUUUAAAUGAGUGGCCUCAAAUCAAGUUACAGAAUGAUGCUUUGAAACUAGAAUGUCAGUACUAUGAUAUUCUUCAAUGGUUAAUUGAUGUUGAAUUGUUGCCUGAGGGAUUAAACCCUGUGGUUCCAUACCCAGCCCAAGACAUAGCAAGCUUUUACCAAUCAAGACGGUCAGAAUUUCAAAGGCUUGUUCAACAACAGGGUGAAGAAAAUGACAUGGAAGAGGAUUUGCUUUUAAUAGAUGGUCUUCUGAAAUACCAGCCUGGUGGUGCUAAUGUUUUUGCAGAAUGGGAACGGGAUGCUGGGGGCAGUGCUGGUCCAGGGGCUGGCCAGUACCCACCAACCUCCAUGCAAGCACUAUUAAGAACUUUUCUUGUGAAAGAUGUGGCACUGGAAGUUAAACACAGUGUUUUGAUUUAUGUGUUAAUGGACUUGGCUAAUAUUUUGGACAAUGAACAAUAUCAAGCAACGCUUCAGAAUUUUAUGAAAUUCCCGGCAGCUUUCAGUAUGUCUGUUGGGAUUAUGAGACUAACCCAAGCAUUUUGGCAUCUUGAUCACAAGGAAUUUGACACUGCUCUUGACAUGCUAUUGGAUCCUUUGGUGUCAGUUCGAGAUAUUGUCCCUUGGCAGCAUCGCUGCAUAAUUCGUGUACUGACUUUACAAGGUCAGGCGUGUAUGGCUCUUCGGUAUGUAAGAGCACGGCGUCCGCCUCUUCAAGACCAAACUGAUAUUAAGCUUCACCUUGAUUUGUUACUUGUGAAUGACCUAAUCAAUGAAGCCUUUAUGUAUCAACGUAAUCAUCGUUCCGACUUUAAUUCAGAAAUCCUGUUAAAACAAUUUUUUCAAGGUUGUGAGGUGAGGAAUCAUUUAAGGACAGUGCUGCAGUUUUCUCUGGAUGAUGAUGAAGAAAUUGCAUUCUCCAAGUAUCUUGAAACUUCAAAACAUCCUGCAGCUGAUGACCUUAGAGUGCUAUAUUUACUGAAACGAUCCAGGUAUGUGGAGGCACUGGAUGUGAACCAAGACCUAAGGAAAAAAGGACGGUCAGGAGGCACAAGGGAUGUUGUUGUAAAUGGGUUUUACAAAACCUUGCCAUCAGUUACUAGAAAACUUGCUGCUCACUGUGCUCAGCAACAACAUAAAUUGAAGUCGUGGUCUCAAGUUGAAAAACCCACCCCACUCUUUGUGAAUCCUAAGAUUGGUUCCCCACAAAUGCGUUAUAAAUCAUCUUUACUUGAAACUGCAGUGGAAAGAAGCCGUGAAACCUGGGCUAAACUUGUGAAUCGUAUUCCUCCAAUGAUAUCGGAAGUUGAGUCAACUCCAUUUUUGUGCACUCCUAGAACUAAAGUUUUACCUCAUCCAAAACCUGCUACACAAAUUCAGAAGACUGAGCCAAGAGGAAUUGAUCGGAAAAGAGUGCGUGAGGAAGAUGAUGAAAGUAUGGACAUAGGAAACCUUAAACGCAGCAGAUUUCAAAAGCUGGAAACUGUUCUUGCUGAGCUUCAACAGCAGCAGCAACAGGAGCAACAAAAGUCUGUUCAUAGGUAUUCAACCUACUCAUGCACAGAUACCUUGUCCCUCUUAAACACUCCUGUGGUUCAGCGGCGCUCUCCCAGUACUAGAGCCAAAUUGCAACAGCAAUUAAUAGCAUGUAGCCCUGGACACAAAGCUGCUACACCUCAAUCUAUUAUCAAGGUGCGCCAAUCGUCUGGCUCAUCGAAGUCUGAGUCACCCAGACGUGUUUUUAUCAAAGACACUUUGAGUGAGCAUGAGCUCACGGAAGAGGAAAGUGAACAGGAGCAAUCUAGAAAUACAAACAAAGGAGAAUCUGAAACUGACUCUGAACCAGGAGACAAUGAAGAGGAAGAAGGUCCUGUUGGUGUUACGGCUAGAAGAAUUAUUGACUUUGAUUCCGAUAUUUCUUCAGACUUAUCUCAUUCACAGAGCUCUCUCGAAUCCCAAUCUCCCUCCUCUCUUACUUCAUCACUGAAGCAGCCAUCUGAUAAAAGUUUAUCGAGAAUGGUUGUAUUAUCAGAAGCUCGGAAAGCAGGAAGACCCACAGUCACAUUUGGGAAAGGAUCAGUUUGUGUGUAUGAUCAAGAUGAACCUGUUGAUGCAGAGCUAGCAGUUCAUGAUGAAAGUAGUAACGACACUGUAGACCAGGAGCAAAGCAAAGAGGAAAACACUACUGAAUAUCAAGACAAAGAAGAGAUGGUUGAUGAGGACUCUCAGCAAUCCAAUGAGGAACAGCCCAUAGAUGUACAGACUUCAGCUGAAGUGAAAUUUAGGUCUUUCCGUUUGGACACAUCAGGUAUUGGUUCUAUGAAUUCAUCAGAGUUUCAAUCAGAUUUGUCAAGGACAGAUGAGAGUGAUGUUUUUCAUAGUGCUGAGAGCAGUGCUCAAGGAACCAUAUCAUCCCCCAAUUUCCGAAAAAAUCUUGCGAGGCCCUCUUUGAAAGAAAUAACCCGCCGGGUCUCUGGUACCAAAAGAACGCAACAUGAUGUUGAGGAAGAUGACAGUAAUGAAGACAACGAAGAUGAUGAAAAUCCUCCACCGAUUUUCAAAUCAGCGCGGUUGGAAGAGGGUACCUCUGAAUUGCAUGGCAAAAUGGAAGUAGGCUCCCUGGCAGCAGCCUCCUCCAAUACAUCUGGAACACAGCCCUCAGUUAACUUAAAGAGGCCUUCAAUAAGAAAUGCACCCCGUGUUAGUGUUGGACUUCCUAUUAGUUCUGCUGCUCAGUCUUGUAGUGCCAUUUCAGACACAUCCAAUCUUUCUGAGCUGUUUUCUGCAGAGUCAGUUUGUUAUAAUGAAAGUGCAAGUUUAACAAUGAUUGACAACGAGACAUUUCAAGAGGCACAUGUUCAAGUUAAUCAUUCAAAAGUUAAUGAGAUUGAUGACGGCAAAGAUAGGACUGAUACCAUAUCUUCCUCUUCUACAAAACAUGAGUCAAUUGAAGUUGUUGAGCUGGAUGACAACAGCUACGAAGGUAAUCAAGAAUUUCAUACAAAGCACGCAAAGGAUCAAGAAAAUAGAGAAAAGGAAAAUGAAGUUGAAGUUCAAGCAAUGGACGAUGAUACAGAAGAUACCAGUAAAGAUGUUUUAAUCGGUGAAGACUCAGACUCUGAAGAUAAAAUACUUAUCACUGAUGACAGCAACAUUUUCAGGACAAGUCACAUAGAUAACAUUGAUUCUAGUUCUGAAUGUGAAAGUGAAUCAACCGAUAGCCAACAUUACUCAGAUACUAGCCCUCAGAUUUCAGAUGUGUCUGAGUUAUCUAACAAAGAUGUUGUUGAAGCAGAAAAUGAAGGAACUGGUCUAGAUGAAGCUGUCCCUGAAAUGAAUAAGAUUAUUCCAGGCUCUUCAAGUGUGAGUGAUAGAGAUUGUCACCUAGAUGAAGGCUAUUUUGUUGAUUCAGGGGAUCUGAAGGGCGGAAAAUUAUCUGUGUCAACGUCCGCUGGAAAUACGAACGUGGAUGAAGUUGUUGUUGAGGAAAUGGACGUCCAGUCUGAGCUUUCAGUCACUACUCUUUCCGACAACACAAAACUGCUUUCCUCAAAAAUUUCAGGCGAUAAUAAGAUCAAAGAACCGACCGAUGAGGUGAAUUCAUCAAGCAAAAUGGCCGAUGUUGAACAUGACGACAUGCCAAAACUAAGACUUGAUGCUGCAGUCUCUAAUGAAAAUAUAUGGGAAUCACCUUUAGGCGAGGUUCAAGUUGAGUCUUCAGUAUGUGAACCUGUUGAGUGUGAUAGUCAGAUUCUAGAACCUGAGUUAUCAAAGCAUUCUUCAGAAGCAAUUUCUUCUAGUCACACUCCAGCUCCUGAAGGUCAGCCUAAUGCUGCUUUAGAGUCUUUCAAGGAUACCAUUGAGGAAUCUGCUCCUAUUCCCAGUGGGACAAAAGGUAGAUCCCGUAAAUCCUCUGUUAGUUCUACAAGAUCAGAGACCUUUGACGAGGACUUAUCCAGCCGGAGAGUUACUAGGUCUCAACUUAAAUCACAGAUCAUGGAUGAAAGCUUUGAGUCAGUAAAUAGUGCUCAAGUAAAUCUAAACGAAACUCUUGUAGAUGCUUGUGCAUCAGGUGAUGCUGAAGAUGUUGUACCUAUUGUGAAAAAGAGAACAAGAAAAGGUUCUGUGAGUUCUCAAGAUGGUCAGAGUGAGAACACGAAGCAAGCCCGUACCCGAAGUAGUUCUAUGAGUUCUGUUCCUAAUGAAAGUGGAGAAGCGAAACCUUCUGAGAAGUUUCGGCGAAGACGUACAUCUGUGUCUUCACAGGGAUCUGCAGUUGGAAAUGAGAGUAAAACGGCUCUUGACAAACUUUCCAAAAUAAAUGAAGAAUCUUCAUCAGAUAAAACCGUGGAAGUCAAUAAAAAUGAUGAUGGGAGUGAAUUAAAGUCAGUGCAUUCUGAGAGUCCAUUGCCCAAACCCAAAGAUAGAGGUCAAAGAAAGCGCCGAACUUCUGAUGUUAGUAAUGUCAGUAAUGAGGGAGAUAAAAGUACUACAGCUAAGGACAGUUUUUCAACAAAUUCAACCGCCAUGGAAACCUAUGAAACAAGUAGAAGGCUAACCAGACACCAACGUGCUAUGCUAGCCAGAAGCUUAGAAAUGAAUUCUACUCAUGCCUCCUUUAGCAGACCUAUUCAACAUUCUGAGGAGGAUGGAGAUGAGCAAGUAUCUGAUGAUGACAGAAUGUCACUCAUCAGUGUUAGAUCAUCUCAACGCCUGCGUGAUAAACGCCAGCAAGAGGCUCUCGACUCCCCAAGUUCUACUGCAUCUACUCUUUUAAAUCCUGCUCUGACCCCUAACAUGCCGAGACGGCGCCGUCAAUCUAGUAGUGAUGUGUCCGAGUUGAAUAGAGACGUUUCGCCCGUGAGCUCUGUGCGAAGGCAAAGAUCUUUUCAACCACCAGGAACUCCUUCAAGUUUGCGAAGCACUCCUACUCGACGAUCUGCUCGUCUCAGUGCAGCUCACGGCAAUACUCAGCAAAGUGAGGAUGGUGAUAAUCAGUCUAUUGCUUCUCUGAGCCCUUCAUCUGUAACAUCUGGGAGGAGAAGCGUGACACGAAGAGCAGGACGCCGUCUAAGUGUAUCAUCUGAAGCUCAAAGUGAACAGUUUGCUUUUGCUUCACCCCAAAUUGAGCAUUCCGACCACAAAGAAAAUCCAGGUGUUUGUAUUCCAGAUACAGAUUUGAGUGAGGCUUUUUCGUUCUCGCCUCCUAAAACAGUUGCUACCCCAAGCAAAGUACAGGCUUCACCCAGUACACUGACUCCAAGUAAAACAACUCCAAACAAAGGGAAAGUCUCUAGCACAGAGUCGAGUGCGUCAGCUUCAAAGAGGAACACUCGUCAAUCCAGGGCAACUGCGCUGCAAACCAUUACAGAAGAGUCAUCAACAAGCAAAGUCAGCAUUGAAGAGACAGUUACUGCAAGCCCCAGGAGGAAUGUUGGCCGCCCCAGCUGGUUCUUCAUUGAGCCCAAUGAAGAUCAACUAUUAGGAAGUUACUGGUUGUAUAUUUUUUAUUUUAUUUUCUGGUCUUACCAGUGGUUUAUCAUAGAGUACUGAAUCAAUUUCUCUUUGCAAACACCUUCAAUUUUCAUAAUAAUCUUGAAAGUCAUCCUUUGUUUUCUAAAAAGAAAUGAUGAGUGAUAUGAUGUGAUUUGUAAAGUUGUGUUAAUCAACCACCUUUUGUUUGUCAGCUGAUUGUCAAACCUGGAAUAAAUGUUGCAUGGAAACAAUAUACAA